AUGAGCAGCUUUCAAGCCGACGUUCAUCCGUCUCCUGAUCCGGACAAGGUAGUAGACUCGUUGUGUGAUUUGGUUCGCAUAACGACGCGGAUUGUCUUGCUCGCAUCCUCCUCAUCACACAAACGUAGAAUGUCAACUUCAUCUGCGCGGGAUCCUUAUGUGUGCACUUUUGACAAGGACACCUGUGGAUGGUCAAAUGAUCCGAACAAUUGGAAAUACUUGUGGAGCCUAACUCUAGUUACGGGAACCUCACAAGUUCCCCACCGGGCUUUGUGUCUAUCAGCGUCAGCAACGGGAGUUAGAGGAGCUGUCUCACAAGGUCUAACUCCAUGGGGUCGCGUUAUUGAGACGCGUGAACAUAAACCCGAUUUGGACAGCGAGUUGUCCCAAGUGCGAUUGUGGAGUCCUUAUGUGACCCAGGAUGAUAAUUUGGAAUGUUUGAAACUUCUGUAUCGAAUCGAAUCUGGAAGUUUGAAAAGUUCGUCUUCUAUGCACCCGACAGGGCCGUCUCUGGCUCUGCUAAAAAGACAUAAAGGGUGA